UUUUUGAGCAUUCAGCGAUCUGUUUUAUGUAUCAAGCCAGCAUGGGGAUUUGUAUUGAUGUUGAUCUAGAUAAUAUUUUAAUGAUGAGGACUUGGGAUAAUUCAUAGUGAAAUAGGAGUAGCCAGAUAUAUGAUCACUUACUCCACAGAAUGACUACCUGCAGCUUAUAUGCAGAACAAUUCUAGCGUGCCACAUGAGGUGGGGUUGAUGAAUCUGUUCCUGUCAUAUCCAUAAACAUCCUAUAUCCAUCCAUCAACAGAUUAAUUAACCAACACUCGUAUACAAUCAUCAUCUACCUACAAUAAAAUAAAAUAAAAUGUCAACCCAGCAACCCCCCUCCCCCACCACCCCAACAUCACCAACAACAACCUCCCCCUCCGACAACAACACAACCACCAACACGACAACCAACCCCUCCUCCCCUUCCCCUUCCCAAACCCAACGCACAACCGAAGCUCGCGCCGCAUUCACCGCAUCCCUACAAUCCGUCGGCGCAAACUACGACGCCGAGCUCCGCGACCGCGCGCGUAAUCUCCACGACAACACCGCCGCGCUCGACAAGCAGCAGGCGGAUUUGCAGCGGGCGACGACCGAGCUGGGCAGGCAGAACGAGCAGUGGGGGAAGGUGACGGACACGGCGCGCGAGGGGUUAAAGGAGAUCGGGGACGUGCAGAAUUGGGCGGAGUUGAUUGAGAGGGAUUUGUUGGUUGUGGAGGAGACGUUGAGGAUGGUGGAGGAGGAGGAUGAGGCGGUGGGGAGGGUUGAGGGUGGGAAUGGGAAUGGGAAUGAUGAUAAGAAGGGGAGGAAGGCGGGUGGGUGGAUGAAGUGGUGGUAGUUAUUGUAUGCUAUGUUAUUUUAUGAUGUCUAUUCUAUUUUGU